UUCAAUUUCUUUUUUACGUUUUAGGUAUUGUUACCUUUGGUAUUGUAAACGUAGUUUACUGAGAAGGAAAGUCCCAGUCUUCUGGACACCCUCUAUACUGGGCUGCCUUCCAGAUGGAGUGAGGUAAAAUCUGCCAGUGUAUGACCGGCUUUUCCGGCAUCGCGUCCUAAAAUCUCCCCGAAACUUCCCCCGUCCGCCGGCCGGCCGAAAAUAACUCCUCGGAGCGCAACUCCCGCAGCCGGCCGCCCCUCGGUUUCGACUACAACAGCUGCUCAUUCGCGGAGCGGUGUGGCGCGCUUCGUUUAUCGCGGACGCCGUUCGACCUUGCAACGUCCUUGCCGCCGUGCCGCGGGGAUAGUGAUACGAGUGAGGUGCCGACGCCAGAUAUACUUCCUCCGGCACUAUCACCAGAACCUGGGGCACCGGUUUAGGCACCUGGACCCCCUGUCACAGGUCCAAAAUAGCCCGCCGUAGCUUCUGUUUAUCCAGUAAGUAAUAGUAUUUUCCGACGAUAGAAGAGGGUAUAUUUAUAAAUGUCAAAACAGACGUGUUCUAGGCAUACAUUUGCUUAAUCACGGUGUCAAGUUUCAGUAAGCGGAACAUUCGGUCUUCAGACAUGCUGGACAAGAAUAGAAUAAUGCAUUUAGAAGUUUAGAAGCUCACGUACUAGAGGUACUAACAAUGAAGCAACGGAUAAAGUCAGCUGGUCGGAAGGAAAUCAUUUUUACAAACGAAAGCCGUGUGUCGGGUUCCUUUUUAAUCUGUUCGUAUGAAAAAGAUACGUGUAUUGAUGAUGUUUUCUAUUUACACUACAGAUAUGUUAAAUAAACAAUUUUGUUUUGUCAA